UACAUAGAACUCCUGCGUGCUCCUUUGUUUUGGUAAAGCUAAGUCCUGCUAUACUGUUUUAGUAAAACUAAAUAAUAAAAGAAAAUAAAAAGACUGCGCAGUCAAGUUAUUCUGGCCGGCCAGGAGAAACGCUGCAGCCCCGUUGCUGCUCACCACGAACGCUUCUGCCUUUCUCCCCAGCUUCAACAAUUUUUAUUGAAAAGCCAGGCAUGUACAUGCAAAACAAAACAUUCAUUCUAUCAAGUGUCAGUUGGCCUGUCUGAAGUAUCUUCAUUGUUGCCGGGUAGAAAAACAUACAUUCUUAUCAAAUGUCAGUUGAGCUGUAUGUCAGUUGGACUGACUGAUAUAUCUAAGUCAAACACACACAGCCCUGUUAGCCAGGGCACCAAGCCACACAAUACAUUUUAUUUCACACAUUAUUAAACAUAACUUGAGCAUAACAAUUCAGACCCUAUUAAGUAUUUUAAAUGUUUUCAACAGUAAGAAGGUGCUCUGAUCAGAAGAGACCACAACUAAACCUUUUGAGGUUCUUGCAAAAUCCUAUGUGUACAAGAAAUCUAAUACUCAAAUUCACCCUGAGCACACCAUCCCCGUGGUGGUGGCAGAAUCAAGCUGUGAAGAUCCCUUUCUUCAGCAGGGACAUGGAAGCUGAGAGUGGUGCAGCAACUCCUCCCCCCUCAGGUAGACUCACAACUCCAUCAGAUAUCUCCUUCGUUCAGUCCAUACCUGCUUCACUUGGAGACACCAUCUCUGUCUGGCUGCUCUGAAUUCAGAUAAUAAAGGACCUGUGCUGAGAUGCCUGAGUCUCCUCUAAGUCCCUCAGCAGCCCGUCAAACUCCAGUCAGCAGCCUCCUCAGCCACACAGACGUGGGAGCGGGAGAGAAAGCAGCUAAUGGGGACUCCUGCAGUGGAGUGAGGGCGCAAAACUGCCAGAGCCUCCUCCACAAACAGGUCUUUCUGGCCAUGAUGGCUCCUCAGCAGAUGCAGCAGUUUCUGUCGCCCAACCAGCUGCAGGCUCUGAUCCACAAGCAGCAAGCCCUUCUGCUCCAGCAGCAACACCUGAAGGAAUUUUACAAGCAGCAACAACAGCUGCUUCAACAGCAGUCCAGCAAGAAAGUCAAAGAGCUUCCUGCACAGCAGCUCGUGUUCCAGCAGCUCCUCCAGGAACAGAUACCCUCCGACUCUUCUUCCAACCUUUCUUCAGGCUAUUUAAGCCCCACAGAGAUGCAGCAGUUAUGGAAAGAGCUCAGAUGUUCUCUGUCUGACAACGGGACCAUAAUGAAGGGGAAUCAGAGAAUAUCAACACAAGUUACGCUGACCAGUGGGCAGCUCUCUGAGUCUCCGUACAGAGCAGAUUGUAACAGUGUGAAUGGGGAUUGGGCCCCCGCACACGUCCUCUUCGGUCACGGCGUGUGUAACUGGCCUGGUUGUGAGUCUGUUUGUGAAAACGUCAGCCAGUUUAUCAAGCACAUGAGCAGGGAACACACUCUAGAUGACAAGAGUACCGCUCACUGCCGAGUCCAGAUGCAAGUGGUCCAGCAGCUUGAGCUGCAGCUCAGCAAAGAACGAGAGCGUCUGCAUGCGAUGAUGGCUCACCUGCAUCUGCCUUCCUUACGCUCUCAGUCACCAAAAUCUGAUGCAGCUGCAGACCUUCAUGGCCCCCAGCUCCGUCUAGCGUCCCUCAGCAACAAAGUGCCCGCUCUGAGACACCAGAACUCUGGCCAGUGUACUCCCAAACCUCUGAGCAGUGCCAGCUCUCCACCUCAAGGCUGUGGGGAAGAAGAGCCCAUUUUCAGUUACACCAUGGGGACCAUGAAGCAUCGUCAUCACCCUUUGGAGAUCUCUCUGUCUUCAGAAAAUGAAUAUGAAAUUUACAAGAACGCUGAUAUCAGACCACCUUUUACCUACGCAGCCCUGAUCCGGCAGGCCAUCAUAGAAGCCUCAGACAUGCAGCUAACACUCAAUGAGAUAUACAACUGGUUCACGAGGACCUUCGCAUAUUUCAGACGCAACGCAGCCACCUGGAAGAACGCGGUCCGCCACAACCUGAGCCUGCACAAGUGCUUCGUGCGCGUGGAGAACGUGAAAGGUGCAGUGUGGACGGUGGAUGAGGAGGAAUAUCACAGGAGAAGGUCUCAGAAGAUCGCAGGGAAUCCAUCACUGGUGAAGAAUGUCUGCUCCAGUCUCACUGUGGGCACCACUCACCACUCUACCUUCAUGGCUGCAUUGGCAGAGGCGUCGCUGCCGGGGCUCAAGAAGGAGAGUGUGAGCAGAAACCUUAGAGGCGAGAACAAAUCAGCUGACGGCAAAAGCAGCAGAAAACAAAGUCUCUCUUCUCAAGUCCAACAGCAACUUUACUUUGAAGAUGGGGAGCUGAAAGUAAAUGACCAACAAGGCCAGCUACCAACACUGAAACCAGUCAGUCUGCAGCAGCACAUCCAUGGAAACAGCGAGGAGCUAUUAUUUGACCUUGAAUGACCUGUGACAGUCAAUACUGCCAGGUCAAUAAUAAAACAUGCAUCAGUAAAGCAAGGUUUCUUUGAGCAUCCAGGGAUGCUGGCCAUGCAGUUUGAUCUUCUUCACGUUUAGUUCUCCGUUUCAGGCAUGAAGCUGUUUUCUUGCAGAAUUAAAUGUAUUUAGGUCCAACAACCUUUCCCUCAACUCUGACCAGCCUCCCUGCUCCUGCUGAUCAAAAGCAUCCCCAACACAACAUGACGCUGCUACCACCAUGUUUCACGAUGGGGAUGAUUUCCUCAGGAUGAUGUGCAGUUUUUCACGACACGCUAUGUUUUACAUGUAGCUUCAGAGUUCAAUUUUGGUCUCAUCUGACCAGAGCAGAUUCUUUUAUAUGUUUGUUGUGUCCCUUGCAUUGUUUGUGGCAAGGUUAAGGUUUCUUUCAACAGUCAGAUUCUCCCUCUUGAGCUGUGGAUCUCUGCAGCUCCUCCAGAGUUACCAUGGGCCUCUUGGUUGCUUCUCUUAUUAAUGCUCUCCUUGCCCAGCCUGUUAGUUUAGGUAAAUGGCCACGUCUUGGUAGUUUUAAAGUUUUAGAGUUGUCCAUUUACAGACAAUGGAUUAAACAGUGCUCCGUGAGAUGUUUAAAGCGUGGAAUAUUGUUUUAGAUUUCUGCUGUGUUCCUUGGUCUUCACAAUACGGUUUGUUCACUAAUGUUCUUUAACAAACCUCUAAGGCCUUCACAGAACAGCUGCAUUUAUUAUACGAUUAAAUCACACACAAAUAGACCAUAUUUAUGGAUUUGGUGAUCUCGGAAGGCAAAUAGAUACACUGGAUUUUACUGAGGGGUAUUAAAGUUGUAAUAAUGACCUUCGUUUGUUUGAUCUAUCUACAGAAAAUCCCAAUAAAAAAGAAUGAAUCCUGUUCAAGAUAUGAAAAACAAUUUUGGAGCUUCUAGAGUAAAUCAUGUACAAGACAAAAAUGUUUUAGGAGUUAAAAUGAAUUCUGGAUGUUAUCUUUUCAGUUAAAUAAGUGUUUUUCUGUUAUUCUCAGCUGUGAGUUUUGAAGUAGCUUGUAGGCCUUUUUAAUGUGCCUAGAUUUUUUUCUUUUCUUAAUAAAAACUUGCCAGUUUGCAUCAGUUUGCACAGAUGCAUCAGACAGGCAUGCACAGCGACAAAGCAAAUAUAUUAAACAUCAAAAUGGGGUAAAUGAUUUUUCUUGUAUGCACAAAUUAGACUCACGUUUGUGGAAAGAAGUAGCUAGUUAAAUCCAGAUUUACUGGUUUGUUUGUCGUCCAUGUUUAUGUGUAAUGAAAUUCAGAAGGUGAGUCCUAUAGUAGAGCAAAAACAUAAUGUGAAAUAGCUGAAAAUGUUCUCUGUGUAGUUUUUCCUCCUGAGUCUUUCUCAAACCAACACAUGUAACCUUCUGUAUGGAGAUCUCUGUGGUGGAUUUUGUCAAACUGAAUUAGUUAAAUCUUUUUAAUUUAUUUCUGGUCAGGAGUUCAGUUCACCCAGACAUGUAUUUCAACCACAAUAAACUGUUCACUUUAAAUGAGUAGACAGCAUCAACUCUGAGCACAUCUUUGUUUGUAACAGGAGUCUUUGGCUGCAGGUGUGAGUCUGACGUCUGUUACUGAAUAAAAUAUGUCAACUUCUUGUACAUUUUAA